CAGUCAUCAUCAUCAGCAGAUUAGAAGGGGCUAGAGUUGGGGUAAUGUAGGUAUUAUACAAAACAAAAAAGAAAGAAAAAAAAAUAUCGAUAAGCAAAAUAUAGUGCUUAAAAUAGUUAAAUAGUUUCACUAUUAUAUAGUUUAUUCAGUUAGAAGUAGUUUAAUCUUAAAGAUCAAAUAAUUUGGCGCAUACUACUUUACUCUGAAUGCUUAUCCACAAUAACUGCUAGUCUUUUAUUUUUUUUAUCGAAAAUAUCCCUGCUUAUACUGUGGACCAUGUAAAAGAAUGUAACUAAAAUACUAUGCUAGCCAUAAAUGAAUGUAAUGGUUAGCUAUGUAAAACAUACAAGAUAGGGAAAAAUACUUUGCUUAUAAUCACAUCAUUGAAUUGUUUUAACAGAACAAAGAUACUUUUUUAUUCUGAUCUCAGCUUGCUUACUAUGCUUUGAGUUAAGGGUAUUUUUUUUCUUCCAAUUCAUAGUGAUUCCCAUAAGUAUCGGUAUGAAACAAUUUGUUUGUUUUGCUUUUGUUCUUGUAUUAGUGAAAAUAAUCAGUGGUAAAGAACCUUUGCCAUGCUCUAAUGUCAAAUAUGCAUACACUGCUAAAGGUUUUGAUGAUGGAGAUGUUCCUCCUUCAGCUAUUUCUGGAGAACAUUUACGAAUUUGUGAAAGAGGACUGACUUGUUGCACUGAAGAAAUGGAACACAAGUUAAGUACUCAUAGUCGAGCUGAAUUUGACAAACUGUUGUUUCUCACUAUUGGAGAAUUAAGAGAUUUGUUUGAAACUCAGUCUCAUUUGUUUGAUGAAUUUUUCAGAGAGUUGCUGAAAGUUUCUAGGAAAAGUUUCCAUGAUAUGUUUGUAAGAACAUAUGGUCAGUUAUAUGAACAAAAUGCAUAUUUGUUUUCAUCAAUGUUUGAUGAUCUUGAGAAAUAUUAUGCUACUGGAGGUGUAGAUCUUGAAGAUGCUAUGGAUUCAUUUUUUCAUCGACUCUAUGCUAAAAUGUUUCAGGUGUUAAACGCACAACAUCGAUUUGAUAACAAAUACCUGGAGUGUGUCAUUGAAAAUAUGAAUGAACUUAAACCAUUUGGAGAUGUACCUGGCAAGCUAACAUUGGAUAUUAAAAGAUCUUUCACUGCAACACGAACUUUUGUACAAGCUCUUUCAGUUGGUAAAGAUGUAGUAAAAAAUAUUAUGGAGGUUGGUCCUACUCCUGAAUGUAGCCGUUCAUUAAUGAAAAUGGCUUAUUGUCCUCAUUGUCAUGGUUUACCAGAUCUUAAACCUUGUUCUCCUUAUUGUUUAAAUGUCUUAAAUAAUUGCCUGAACAAUCACAUCUCUUUUGGUAAUGAAUGGAUCUCUUUUAUAGAUUCUCUAAUAAAUCUUGUAUCUAGACUUGAAAAUUCUUAUAACAUUGAAUCUAUACUAGAACCAAUUGACAUUAAAAUAUCUGAAGCUGUAAUGAAUUUUCAAGAGAAUGGAGUUUUGAUUUCAAAAAAGUUAUUCCACAAAUGUGGCAAACCUCGCCUUGGAAAAAGAGAUGUUAAUGGACAAGAAAUUACUUUAGAAAAGCUGAAGUUUUUGCAUAACCUUGGAGCUAGACCCACUACUGCAGCAGGAACAAGUAUUGAAAGAUUAGUUGACAACUUAAAAAAGAAAACUAAGAAAAUAAAAAAGUUCUGGCAAGAACUGCCGAUAAAAAUAUGUUCCCAUUCUCAAAUGGAGCAGGGCUCUAAAAAUUGCUGGAAUGGUAACGGUCAAACAAAAAAUAUCAAUGCGACUAGUAAUAGUGUGAUAAAAGAUUUUGUUCUUCCGAAUGGGAAUGCUGUUAUAAAUCAACAAAUAUUAACACUUAAUUUAAUAAGCACUAAAUUGAGUCAUGCUUACAAAGGAUUAGAUGUUGAAUGGGAAAAUUCAGAUUUUUCAUCUGGAAGUGGUAGUGGAAGUGGUUAUGGAACUGUAGCUGUAUCCAAAGAUUUUGAAGAUCUCUUUUUUAGUGUGCCAAAAACUUUUUCUACUUCAAAAACUACUAAGAUGCCUGAAGCUCCUACACCUGCAUCUUGUGCUUCAUUAGUUAUAAGUUCUUUUAAGAUAAUCCUGUCAAUUUUGCUUCUAAAAUUUACUUUUAGCUAAUGUACUUUUUAGUGUCAUAAAUUUCCUGGGAAUGAGUCUGAUCUGAUAUUUAAUAAACUGUUGCCAAAAAAAUCUUAUUUUCUGACUAGGAAAAUAAAUAGAAAUUUCUUUAAAAUCCGGAAAGUAUUUUCAGCACUACAUUUGCUGAAAAAAUAUCUUUAAACAAGUAAGUAAAAAACUUGUUUUUUAUUAUUGAGAAGCGUUUUUUUUUGCAAAACUGGUGAGGAUCUGACACCACUACCUGAUCCGCAAUUUUAUCUUUUAUUGUUUUUCUAGGUGUCUGGUUUGAGUUAGAUUUCUAGAAAAAAUUAUUGUGUCUGCUAAUAUGCUUAUCCUGUAAUAUUUUCAUAUCUUUUUCUUAUAAUAAUUUUUUAUUUGCAGUUAAAUGAUACUAUAUACUAGACUGGUAAUAUUUAUUAAAAAUUAAUUUACUGUGUUUAAAAUAAUCUUUUACACAUUUUUUAAAAUAAAAUAAUAAAAUAAUUUAAGUUAAUAGAAUAAAAUGCUAAAUCUAAUGGCUCACAAUGCUGACAAUCAGCAUAACAUCCUGAUCUGAAACAAAUUUAGUUUACUUAUUUUUGUUUUUCAUGAAAACCUUUGCUGUGAAUUUUUAGUUUUUCUGGUUUUUAUGUAAAAUAUUUCUUAUGUACACUAGAUAAGUAAAGAUAAAAUUUUUGUUAUAAAAUUUACUAUAUUAGGAAAAUUAAACUUUCAUAAAAAAGUAUUCUGUCUUUACAAAGUGUAAUGUUGGAGAAAUAUUUACUAUCCUUUAAAAAAUAUGCUUUGCUAUUGUCUAAAAAAAUUGUUUGUUUCUGAGAAUUUAGUUUGCCUCAAUUUAACAAAAAUAUGAAUCUACUGCUCAUCAGAAACCAUUUGCAGUUUCAAUCCACCCUCAUAACUUGUCAUCCCAUCUCUUUAAAUGAAAGAUAGCUGCUAAUUUUUAAUCUAAUAUUUAUCUGAAUAAAAAGCUCUCUUGCUUUUAAGCUGUUGACUAUGGAUUUCCUUUCAAUAUUAUUGAUUCCAUCUAUAGAGAAUUAAUCACACAAUCCAACAAUUUCUCUACUUUGACCUUUAAUAAUGUGAUUGUUUCACGUUAAUUUUUGAAAAACAGAUAAGAGAUAAAAUUUUGAAUAAAUUUUAGGUUAAAGUCCUUUUCCUUUUAAAUGAAUUGAAUUUCACCAACUUUAAAGACCUUAUAUCUAACAAUAACAUGCCCUCCAAUAAUUGAGACUUCCAGUGGCAGUAAACCAAAGUGGAAAUUUUUAAAACAAAUUGAACUUUUAUAAUUUUUAUCAGAAAUUUAGAACUUGACUAUAUUCUGAAUCUGACCUUUUGAUUACAUAUAUUAAAAUUGUUUAUUAGAGUGGUGGACAAAAAUUUCUUAACUCUAGUUUAUUAAAACGUUAAUACAUUUUCAUUAUUACCACUUGGAGUAUUAUUUUCUAAAACUACCAAAAUUCCGUAUAUAUUGGGGGAUAUGCAAUAAUAGCUGAGGUAUUUAGUAAAUUUCUUGUCAAUGUGAUCUUAUGUAUGUUGGACAGACUAAACGUACCUGACUUAAUGAACAUAUGAAAGAUGUUUCAAAUUAGAAUAUCAAAUUAUCUUUCAUUGCAUUACAUAAAUGAAAGAAAUUAAAAUUUAUCUAUACAGUGUAGCAUUAAGUAUUAUAUCUUUUAAAGAUUAAACAAUUUGAUACAAUUCAAGAUAUUUAAAAGUUUCUCACAUAUAUUUCUUUUUUUUUUAAAAAAUGACAAUUUUCCUAUACAAUUAUUUAUUCAUUAUAAGAAUUUUGUAAUCUUUAUUUUCUUAGAUAAAUCUGUACGCUUAUAUCUAAAUGAAUAAUGAAUUAAAUUUUUUGUGUUUACAGAUUUAAUUCUGAUAACUAUUUCAAAUGUUAGAAAAAAAAUUUCUUUGUUGAAAUUUUUUUUUUAUGAAAUUAAUAUUUCAUUAUUAUUAAAACUAAUAAUUAAUAGUUAAUGUCAUUAUUAUUAUUUUUGUACUUUUAGUCAAUUUAGAUGUUCAUUUUUUUAUAACUAGCAUAAUGAAAUUAGUGCUUUGAAAAAUGAAAUAUUAUUUUAAAAUAAAAUAACAAAAUUGUUUCUAAUGUUAUGAGUAAAUCCUGAGCAAAAGACUGUAAAACUUUAAAAAUGUAAAAAAAAGAAAAUUUCAAAGUUGCAAUCUAAUGACGAGUUCUUUUUUUUCUGUUGUUGAGAAGCAAAAAAAGCAUCAAUGAACAAAAACAGGCAUUGAAUUUUAAAAUAAAAUUGUAAUUCUCAAAUUGUAUUUUAUACAAUCUUGACUAAAUAAUAUUCAUAUUUAACAGCAAUUGAUUGUAGCAAUUAGUAUGCUAUUUGUUUUUGUAAGUGAAGUGUUAGUUUUGAUUAUGUGAUUUGAUUUUUUGGUAUUUAUAAAAUUUGAUUAUGAUAUUUUAAACAGUUUUAAUUGAAUGCUAUUGUCCUCCUUUACGUAACUAAAAAUAGUACUCCUUUAGGCUACUAUAUUUAAGAUUAUUAUACUGCUCUACUUAACUAUUCUCUUUAAGGCUACUGUACUCCUUUAAUUAACUAUAUUCUUUACUUUUUUAUGCUAUUACAAGGCCUUUCUUCUAAUUUCUUUAAAAAAGUAAUUAGCUUUUUUUUUGCAAUUGCUAAAUUAUAGUUUUCUUUUAUUUAAAAAAAUAUUAAGUGUGACUUUUUUUAAGAAUUUCAUCUAUUUGGAUUGGAAGAAUCCUAUUUCUUCCACUGUGGAAGAAGCUUGCCAUCUCUGAUUUGUGUUGAAAUGAUUUAUAUGAUUUUGUUUAUUUACAUUGGGUCUCAGAAUUUGUAACAUUUUUGUUUAUCUUGUUUUUGAAUGUUAUUUUAUUUUUAUAUCAUGGCAGUUAGAAAAAAUAUCUCAGACUCAUCCUUGGGACUUAAUACCUAUAAUCUCAUAUGAACUAGGGGAUAAUAUUUUUUUACAAAAUAUUUAAUGUUGCCCAUUUGAACUUCAUCAACAUUUUUAUGUCAAUUGUACUUUCAAGCAUUUCCUCUUAAUCAUAUCAAUAAUAUUUUUUUUACUGAGGAAUUUUAUUGAUGUGUAAUGUAAAUGACUUUUAUUUAUUUUUUUACUAGUUCAACUACCGUUUUUCAUUGAUUUGUGGCUUGUAUUGUUUAAGAAGAGUCUAAUAUAUUUUUUGUGACUUCUUUUCAAGCUGUUCAUUGUUUUUAGCAUACUUACAGCAUUUAGUGUUUUUACCAUUAACUUAUUUUUAACUCAUUUCUAUCGAGUGUUUAACCUGUCUACAUGCUGGUUAGUCAUAAUUCUAAUUCAAGAACUUUUGUUUGAUAUGUCACACAAAAACUUUAUUUCAUUCGAAUACAUUAUGCUUAACGUAAUACUUUUAAGUAUCUGGGAAAUGUUGUAAUUUCCCCCUUUCAUUUAAUGACACAAGUUAAACGUGGGUUUCUUCCUAGGUAAUAUUAGAAAAAAAAAAAAAAAACUCAUAGGGUUAAGAAAUUUUUUUCUUAUUAAUAGUAAUAGUUUUAUUUUAACAUAAAAAUCUUAAUUUGAAAAAUUAAAUCUGAUAUUGUUUUACCUACCCUGGUAAAUAGAACAUAUGUGUAUAUAAAAUAUAUUAUUUAAGAAAUGAUUAAUUAGCGUAAUUUUUAGAAACUCUUGCAAUCUUAAAUACAAUCAAACUUGCUCAUUAUGAGUAAAAAAAGGACAUUUAAAUUAAAUAAUUUCAUAAAGUAAACAAAAUUAAUAAUAAAUAUAUUUGCAGGCUUCAAAACUCAUUACCAUUUAAAAAAAGUUCUAACUCUGUUCACAGAACCUUCUGCAGAACUCCUUUUGGAAAUGACUGUCAGAGACUACAGCUGCUUCUCUCUUUAUAGUUCUUUGUAUUAAUUGCUGUAGUUGUCUUUUUAUCUUGCCAUUAGAAAAUUAAAAAAAUCCUAAAUUAUAAGAACAAAUACUUGUAAACUUGAUGACUGAAGCAGUUAAUUUGAAUUUUAUUUUGAGUAUAGUCCACUUUUUAUUGAAUUUUUUGCAUAUUAAAAAAAGUUAGUAUGUUUAUAUUAGUCUUAUUAAUUGAAUUUUUUACAGAUUCUAAAUUUCAGAAAACAAAUAAGUACCUUUGGAAAAAAAUUUAUUAUUCAUAAUUAAGAAUUCUAAUUCUAACAUAUUAAGAAUUUUUAUCAGUAACAAUUAUAACAAUAACAUUUUUCUGUUUUCCUUACUUUAAGGUAAAAGGCCAUUGCUUUGUUUACUUUUUCCAUUAUUUAUUUUAUGGAUGUUUUAUUAAUUGAGUAUUGUUAAUAAUAACAUGAGCUGGGAUGUCGAUGGUAAAUGAAUGCAGUUUUGGUUGCUUUUCAUCAUUAUGAGGCUUUAUUGAAAAUUUUUUGUUCAUUUUUUUAUAAUUUGUUUCUUUAGUCCUUUUUUUCAUAAAUAUUUUCUUCAGUUGCAAGACUAGCCAUCUCCUCUAAUUUUGAAAUUCAUUUUUUAAGUUUUAAAUUAUCUUUUAUACAGUUAUUUAUUAACUGAAUACAGGAAACAAGGCAAUUUUAUCAAAACCAAGUCUUAUGUGCUUAGGAAAAUCAGUAAAUUCUUGCUAGCUGUGAGUUGAAAAACUGACCAUCUUCAUAUUUGUGUCUCUUCAAUCAUUAGUACCUGUUCUUCAGUGUUAUUGUGUCAUGACUGUGAGUCUGUUCCAUGUAUUUUUUUUUAUUAUGAAGAAAUAAGUGCAGGCUUUUAAUAAAUAAUAAAAGAAAUAAAAGUGAUCAUAUGUCAUGGAAAAGCUAUAAUCCUUACUAUGUAAUUUGUUUACCAUAGUCAGAAUUUACUAUAGUUAUUGUUCGUCAUUUUUUGAACAUUUCUUAUCUUUACUCAUCACCAGUUGAUGUUUUAGUAAUAUAUCUUAUUAUGGUAUAUCGAACAUCAAAAUCAAUUGCCAAAUUCCUGAAAAUUCAGCUCAAUUCCAAAAUCAAGCCUGAUUUUUCUAUUUUUCUGAGACACUGUUCAAUAUCAUAAGUUUGGAAUUUUAAAGUCAGUUUUAAAGUGUACUGCAAUUUCCAAAAUAAUUUUUCGUUGGUCACAAGUCCUAGUCAUAUAAUUUAAGUAAUUUCAAGUAUAGUUUACUUAAACUAUGAUUUUAAUUUUGUUUAAUACAAUUUGAUAAAAAAUAAGCAUUUUUGUCCAUUUGAAAUUUUAAAAAUCCCAAUAUUUACAAUAAACCAAAUCCAAAAUGUAACAUUGAAUAACCUGCUGCCUAAUUUUAUUGUGUUUUAAAACACAGUCUCAAUUAUUCUUAAACUGAAGAGUUUGGUUAACUAUUAGUUAUCAAAUAUAGCUAAGUGUUAAAGAAAAUCAGUUUUUCCUGCUUAAAAAUUUUAUGUUAUGGAGAUGAUUGGUUUUGUAACUGAGCAACAAAAAUUUUAAUUCAUAUUUCUUUAUUUUAAAAGCAUUUAACUUGGAAAUUUUUUCUUAAUUUUACAUUGAAUCUUGUAUUUUAUAUAUACUUUCCACUAACAAGUGUUGAUAUAGAUCAGUUAUUCAUUAUUAGGAAAUAAUAUUUAUUUGAAAAUAAACUUUAGGACAAAAGUAAAUUUUCUUUUAAAUUAAGUAAGUCUCAUUUCUCUUAUUCAUUAAUCUUAGGCAUUAUUCUUAGAAAAAAGAAGAAAUUCAAAAAUGCAACAAAAUAGUUGAUAACAAAUGUGUUUCUGAAACCUCAUUCUAAGACUUUAAUGUUAAUUAUAAUAAUAAAAUAAUAAUGAUUUUAUUGAUUACUUAUAUAAAGGCCACUUUUGUGUUUUUUCGGUUCUUAUUUUGUAAAAAAUAAUGAACAUAAUAAUCAGUGCAAUAGGGAGUUAUCUGUUGUUUUUCAUUUGUGCAAGAAUGAGGUAAUUCAUUGUGUUUUAAAAUAAUAAAAACAAAAAGUGCAGCUAUCAACCUCUUGCUUGUUUACUCAUCUUUUACAUAAAUUACAUUUUUAUCUCAUUACUACACAUUGUACCAAUCUUAAUCGUUUAUAAAAAAUUUCAGUCACCGAUUUGAAAGAAUAAAGCUUUUAUUUUACAAAUUACUAUAUUUAAUAAGCAUUUAAAAAAUAAUUGAAACUGUAGUUAUAUUUUUGUGUCAUGUUAUAUUAGUUUUUUUUAAGUAAAUAUUAACAACUGAUUUAUAAAAUGUAUUUUAAAGCUGAAUAGUUUGGAAUGAAAUCUUUGUAGUUAUUUAUUUUAAAAUGAAAUAAACUGGUACUUCUUAA